AUGUUGAACACAACAAAUAUAUUGGAUUUAAUACUUGUUGGAUUUUCUGAAAAUCAAGAGGUUCAAAUUUUAUACAGCAGUAUUUUCUUGAUAAUGUAUCUUUUUGUCCUGGGGGGAAAUCUUCUCAUUAUUUUUUUGAUACUGUUCAAUCGUUGUUUGCACACCCCAAUGUAUUUCUUUUUAAUCAAUUUAUCUAUUGGUGAUCUUGGUGGGAUGUCUGCUAUUAUACCCAAAUCUAUAGUAAAUGCCCUCAUGAACUCCAAAUGGAUUUCGUAUUCUGAAUGUGUGACACAAUUGUUUUUCUAUCUUUCUUUCUUAUCAUCAAAUUUCUUCCUUCUCACUGUCAUGGCCUAUGAUAGAUACAUUGCUAUCUGUCACCCACUGUACUUUGCAUCCAUAAUGAAUUGGUCCAGUUGCAUUCAAAUGGCUGGAGGGGCCUGGGUAGUUGGAUUUCUGCAUGCAGCUCUUCACACAGGAUAUAUUUUUUCAAUGCCUUUCUGCUCCAACAUUAUCAAUCAAUUCUUUUGUGAAGUUCCACAAUUAGUCAAGCUCUUUUGCCCUGGUUCGUACCUCGGUGAAACCUGGAUACUUAUCUUUAGUACAAGCUUAGAAGUUGGCUGCCUUUUAUUCAUUAUCUUGUCCUAUGUGCGGAUUUUUACCACUGUGCUGAGAAUGCCCUCAACUGAGAAAAGAGAAAAGGCUUUCUCCACUUGCAUCCCCCACCUCAUUGUGGUUUCCCUGUUAGUUGGCAGUAGCCUCUUGGCUCACCUGAUACUACCUGCUAACUCUCCAUCCAGACUGGACAAAGUGUUUACCACACUAUAUGCAGUUGUGCCUUCUUUAAUGAAUCCAAUAAUCUACAGCAUGAGGAACAAAGAUGUCAAAAUUGCCUUUAGGAAAUUGCUUGGCUGA